GUCUUUUCGGGCUCCUUGUGUGCAGCUGCUGGAGCUUCGAGCUCCAAGGAGCGCGUGCUAGAGCGCGUGGCCAAGAUGCCGAUGACCAAAGACUACUGGGACAUCGAUGAAAUCUUGGCAGAAGAGCAAGAAGUCAUGAUGCGGAGCAACUACGACAUCUGGGGCGGUGGCGUGCUGUAUCCGAGCAGCGGCAACUCCCGUCCCCGGGAUCUGAAAGCCGGCGUCAAGGUCGCUGCGCCCUUCUCAGUCGCGCGCAUGCUGGCGCUUCGGAAUGUGGUGGAGCUCGAGCUGCCGGUGAUCUUCGCCGAAGAGAUGCAGGAGAGCCUCCGCGCAGACCCUUUGGUCUGUCGACUAGGCGAGAAGAGCCCAUACUACUUCGAGGCGGGCAUGAAGAUAGCCGGCCAACUGAAGCUUGCUCAGCUUGAAGAAGCGCUCGUGGAAGCCUUCAGGCGACGUUGGUGUGAGAUCGUGCGGCUGACCCCUCAAUUUGGGGAGGCCAUGCCUUUCAACCCAUCAAAGAAUCCCGUGCACAGUUUCUUUCCGCACGCCUUGACACGCGUGGAAGACGACCUCAGCAAAG